AUGACUGAUCGCCUUGCUGAGUUGACAGCGGGUACAGGCAUCUCUAUCGAUGAUAUAGACUUGCAAGAAACAGAUGUGGAGAACCCUGAAGACCCGGAAAUUGACGAGGAAACGAGAGAAUCCUUUGGUAAAUUUCGAAAGGAGACAGACGCGCUUUCAAAAGCCAUCGAUAGAAUUCUGGAGAAUGUGGAAACAGUAGAGUCACGUUAUAAGAUUUCACUUGAAGAGAAUGUGGACCAGUCAGAGAAAGAUAGAGCUUCAGGUGACAUUGCCAGGCUUCUCGAGCAGACGGAGAAAACAUCGGAGGCUGUACGAAAACGGCUAGGACGAAUAGGCGGGGAAAACAAGAAAUUCUCGAAGGAAUUCGCUGCGAAAACCGGGCAACUUCGAAUGCGUGUGAACACUCAUCAGGGACUUACGCGAAGAUUCAUGAGGGCAAUGCAAUGUUUUGAAGAAUCGCAAGAAAAACAUAGAAACAAUGUGAAGGGGGCUCUUGAAAGGCAGCUCCGACUCAUGAACCCGCAAGCCACUGAUGAGGAUAUUGAAAAUGCAUUGCGAAACGGAAACACAGAAUGUGUUGUUGAGGACUCGACUACGCUUGCGGGAUUGCCAUAUGAGGAGCAAGUGAAGCUUCGGCGUGGGCUAGAGGACCUAAGAUCUAGGAAUAAUGAUAUCAAAAAGCUGGAGGAAAGCAUCAUCCAAUUGCAUCAACUGUUCAUGGAUAUGCAAACUUUGGUGGAAGCUCAAGGUGAGCUCCUGAAUAACAUUGAAUACAACAUCGGUGAAACAAAAGGGAAGACGGAAGCAGGGUAUCAGGAGCUCGUGGAAGCUCGAGCACACCAAAAAUCUGCGAACAAGAAGAAAAUCUGUAUCAUCGUUUUGAUUAUUGUGAUCAUUCUUGCAAUCUCAGUCCCAAUACUCGUCAAGUAUAUUCCGAUAUGGUUCCCAGGGACGAAGGACACGAUUGACAGUAUUCCAAUCCUUGGAGAAGGUGAUACGAAUUCCACAAAUAGCACACAGGAUAAGGCGGCAGGGACAAGCAAAGGCAGUCAGCUUCUAGACGUGAUUGCACUGAUAGUCGAGAUGAAGCCAGAAAGUGGCGUCGGACCAGGCGGAUAA